CUAAUCGUAUUCGCUCACUUUCAUGCUUUCUGCAUUAAUUAUAGUUUUUAAUUUCAAAGAAUUUUUAGCGAAUUAUUCAAAUACUCUUGUGAAAUUUGAAAUUCAUCUUUCAAACGUUCUUUUCUGAGCUGGAUGCGUCGUGCCGCAGGUGUUGUCCGUAUAUUAUCGUGAGCCUUGUGUCUGAAAGCUAGGAUCGUCAAGACUGCGGAGAUCUGCGGUGACGAGCAGCGGUUCCACCAACUCGUCAGGCUGUCCCCAGCUCUGUCCAGACGGAUUAACGAACAGGUGUUGACAUAAGGACAAUAAACUUCACUUCACUUCACUUCACUUCACAUAUCACGGGCAAGGUGUUCUGAAGCGUGGUCGACAGCACGCCUAGCGUUGGCCCUUUAAAGACGUGAAGAAUUUUAUCUGCUAAAAGAGCCUGGAGAACCGCUAACCCUGUAUCAUAAUGGCGCUAUCAUCUGAUCAGUCUAGUGGAGCGGUUGGAACUUCAGGAGAUGAGUCAUCAGGCGGAAUCCACGAGAAGCUUGCCCUGGAAAGCGAAGAAGUUCUGAUAAGAGAAGCUUCGUUGCCGCUGCAUAAUCUCUUCAACGCUGUUAAGGGAAAGCACCGAAUUCGGAUUAUAAAUCCACUGCACUUGGAAUCUUUCAAGGAAACUUUUCGCGAUAAAGCUCCGUCUUCGCAGUCCAUCUUUUUAACGGGAAUCAUUGACGCGCAGCCCGAUGGAACUUUGGACAAGGACAUUAUACAAGCAGUCAAAGAGAAUCGCAUUCCCGUGUAUAUUAUUGACGGUAACCACCGUUUGCGCGCCUUGAAAGAACUUGCUGAAGAAAAGGAUUCGACGUGGUCAGAACAAAGCGAAGUACUUGUGAAAGUGUACAAGCCUUUGUCAAAAUAUGCCGGCAUGCGUCUAGCGCGGCAAAAGGCAGAAUCUGUCAAUAACCAGCGCCAAGAGACUAUAUGGGACCUCUGCCGCUUGUUUCGGGAUAUUUGUUUUAUGCACCAGGAAGAUAUUGGCGAUGAAUCUGUAGAAGUGAAUAAUGAUAAAUCGGUCGUCAUUAACUGCAAUCGAAAAAUUGCUGCCGUUACGUCGAUUCAGGUGAGAAAGAGAUUUUCCGUUUGA